CCCAUUUGCUUAAUUUUGGCUCCUAAAGGCUAAAAACAAAAAGACCACCACAAUGACUGAACUAUCUUUCUACAAAACCCAACUAUAAAAAUCCCCCACAACCCCUUCUUUCACCAAGUACACCAUUGUCUUGCCUCAUUCUCACUUUUCACACUUCGCCACAAAAAGAAAAAAAAACAUUUCAGAUUACACCAACCAUGGCCAGACCACAACAGCGUUACAGAGGCGUUAGGCAGAGGCAUUGGGGCUCUUGGGUUUCUGAAAUUCGCCAUCCGUUGCUGAAGACUAGAAUUUGGCUAGGGACUUUUGAAACGGCCGAGGCCGCGGCACGAGCCUAUGAUGAGGCAGCGAGGCUAAUGUGUGGUGGGAGGGCCAGAACCAACUUCCCCUACAACCCGUCGCAGUUUUCGUCAUCGUCAUCGAAACUUCUCUCGGCUACUUUGACAGCCAAAUUGCAGAAAUGCUAUAUGGCUUCGCUGCAAAUGAUGACCAAAGCGUCAGUGCAAGAGCCACAAAGGCUGAUGACUUCUCCCAAUGUUGUCACUGCUAAUGUCAAUGGCAUUGCUUGGAAUGUCAACAGAAAUGAAAUGUGGGCACCAGAAAAUAAACCAAUGGUGGAAAAUACCCAACAAUUCAAGCCUCUUGAAGAAGACCAUAUCGAGCAAAUGAUCGAAGAAUUGCUUGAUUAUGGGUCGAUUGAGCUAUGCUCUGUUGUCCCACCUCAGACCAUGUGACUUACUAUCAAUAAACAUCUCAAGCUAGAUCAUCCAUCUCUCUCUUGCUAUCCUAAUUAAUGUCACUUAAUUUACUAAUUUAACUCAUUUUCUUAAGAACCUUUUCAAAUGUAUUAGGUGAUUGAAUCUUAGAAUUUCAAUUUCAAGUGGAUGAUCCAUUUGAAGAUGCUCUAUGUAGUCUGUAUAGUACUGUGCUGUAAUCUUUUCUUGAUCACGUCUUGGUCUUGGACCGCCAAUUAUGGGUAAUUUAAUUGAUGUGAUAUUGAUGUCAUUGACCAAAUUUU